AUGCUUUAUCGGUCGAAUCUCGUUAUUUUGAUCGUCGCUGCCAUCAUUGUAGCUGUAUCGUGCCUCCCGAUCGGUGACUCACCAGCUCGGACAAAUACCCCUUCUUCGGUCGUCGAUUAUCACAGUCCAGGCUCUUUUGGAACCCCUGCAUCACCAGCAAGCAGCGAUUUCGAUCUUGAUCAGGAUUUACUGGACUCUAUCCUGUCCAGCCUCGAUUCGGACGGGAUUUUCCACCACAACACUCUUCCAAGUGAUGUCGGGGAACGCGGGCCUACAUUGUCACAGUGGCAAGAGAAAGCUGGAAUGGAACCUCCGGCCAAGAGGAGACAGCUCUUGCAACGCAUCGCCAAGACUGUUGGUUGGCUGAACGUUCAUAGCCCAGCGGAUGCAGCGACGCUCAGGAACGUCAUCGGAAGUCCUCGGCGGGUCAGUCCAUUGUGGCGACCCUCAGAUGAGCUGUCAGGUCAACACGAUUCCGCUCACUCUUCUUCGGUUUCCCGAUUCGGUCGAAAUGUUCAGAUGAACGCACAUGCGGAUCGCCCCAACGCGAUCAUUGAGCUUUCGUCGGACAGCUCCCAAAACCAGGGUGCAGAACCAUCCACGUCAGCCGGCAGAGGUCUCACCGAUCCUGCCUCGCUGCCUUACAAGUCGCAAAUGAGUCGUCACGGCCUAGCCACACUCGAACCAGACGAACUUCACUCUUUGCAAUGGACCGAGCCUCGCUUGCAUCGUCUUGGAAACGAAAAAUUCCGGUAUAAUUGGGAAAAGGAUGGAGCGACAAAACGAAAGAUCAACGAUCAGAUCUUCGCAGGCAAACUCAAGUGGGUUGACCGGGACAACGUCAAAGAGAAUGUUAUGUGGUCAAUGAACAAGAAAGUUCUCCUAAGCAGUCGCGUUCUGCCCCUCACCAACUUUGCACCGAUUAAGCUGGACAACGGUGGCGGCACCUAUAACAACGUUCGAAUGAUGAAGCACGGUGGAAUGUAUCCGCAUUCGACUUGGCCAGAAGGCCAUCCACUUGGGAGCGGUCGCACGUUCUACAUGUUCAGAUCUGUUCCCGAGGAUAGGAUCGGGGACAGCCAGGUUGAGAUCCUGAACUAUGGAAUAGGAUAUCUUGACCAUGCCAAUUUCCCCGCAGUGAACGAGCAACUCAAGAAGGUGAAGCAAUUGAUUGCCGGCAGAGCACCAACAGCAUCUCAGAUACAUAUCUAG